AUGAUGAUUGUCGGACUGCUGUGGCUGGCGAGGCCUGCGGCCGGCCAGGGCCUGGUGCCUGAGGCCAGAACUGUGGGCGCCACGUCGACGCAGCUUGCAAACCUUGUCAACAGGUUUGCCACUGCACAGAAGAAGGCCGAGCAAAUUCGAGAGCGGUUCGAACGCACGAAAGUCCUGGGCAUCGGCGGCUGCGGCACCAGCACCGGCCAGACCCUCUGCGCAUCCACCAACGACGCCGAUGCAUCCGCGCUGCUGGCGGCAGCUUCCCCGGCGGAGUACUCCUCACGCGGGCGCCUGCUGGGCGAUGCUUAUCAGCAGGGCAACUGCAACACAUGCGCGGCGGCGGCCGUGGCAGCGGCAGCCGAGGCUGCGGUGGCUGCAGCUCUGAUACGCCGAGGCGCACGGCCAGACGAUGUGCUCAAGGAGGUGGCGGGCGCCGUGUCGCCACAGGACUUGUAUUACAAUUGUGGGGCCAAGCAAGGCGAAGUGCGCACGUGCCUAAGCGGUGCAGAGCUUGGCACAAUGCUCAGAGAGCUCAAGGCUCGCACGACGCCGCAGGGCGGCGGCCUGCUGACAAGAGCCUGCCUCCCGCUAACCGACGUCUCAGCUCGCGGCGUCGAGGACGCCCCGCCCGACGCUUACUGCGAAGCCGCGUGCAGGGCGCACACGAAAAGCCAGCUCAUUUCGCAGGGCGAGUUCACUUGGGCGAAGCUCGGCAUCGGCAGCGGCGGCUUGCUGGACAUCCAAAAGGCCCUGCGGCGGUCUGGCGCUGUCAUAACACGGCUGGACGUCAACAUUAAAGACCUCAAGUGA